AUGCACAAAACAGCCAGACAACACACGAAGAGAAAUGUUGUGGCAUCCUAUCGGACUUUUUUUUCCCCCUUUUCUUCUUUCUCAACAAAGGAAAUAGAACAAAAGGGGAUGCUCGGAAAUCGCAGUUUGACGGAGGAGCAGACCCUUAUUCGACGUCACUUUAUUGACUUUUUUGAGUCGGAGCGGUACGAGGAAAAGUACCACGAUCGUAUUCAUGAGAUGAUGUCUGCUGCCAGGUCCCGACUUCUACUUGACAUGGGCGAUUUACUUGACUUUGUACCGGCGUCUGCUGGGCUUGAUGGUAGUGGCACGGCAGCGGGAGCGGUGCCUGCUUCUCUUGGGGUUGGAAUCGUUCGUGAGCCCGGAAAGUUUGUUCCGCUACUUGAACUUGCCCUUCAUGACGUUGUUCUACGGCAACAACCAGAGUAUUUGAAGGUGGACUACCGCUCCCGUGCGGUGCAUGUUGGGUUUGAAGGCCCUGUAGGGACCGUCCUCUCGCCGCGGGAAUUAUACGCCCGACAUCUGAACACGAUGGUGGCACUUGAGGGUAUCAUCACGCGGCAGUCUUCAAAUCGCCCACGUGUGUUGGAGUCUGUGCACUAUUGCCCCGAGACAAAUAAAUUUACCCGAAAGGCAUUUCGCGAUCAGUUUACACCAAUGAUUGAUAGCACUCAUCUUCCAACAGUGAAUGUUAUGCCAAAAAUGGACAUGGAGGGUCACUUGCUCCGCACGGAGUUGGGACUAUCGACUUUUAUGGAUUCACAGUGUGCAAUUCUUCAAGAAGCACCUGAACGUGCACCAACAGGUCAACUUCCGCGAACCGUUGAACUUCGCUUUGAUGAUGACUUGGUGGACGUCGUGAAGCCCGGGGAUCGUGUGAUGCUGGUGGGGGUUUAUAUGGCCUACACCACGGCUGACAGUAAAAGCUUUCAAUCUAUUGUUUUAGUAAACCACGUGGUUUCCGUACAGGCGUUUACGAUGUAUCGCCGUGUGAUGGCCGUGGAGGAGAAACUCUUGUCGUUUGCAAAGAAGUGUACACAAACCGAUGGUCCUGCUGGUGUGCUUGAGACGUUAAGCAAAGCGGUGGCACCAACCAUCUAUGGUAUGACAAACGAGAAAAAGGCUGUCUUGCUUCUCAUGGUAGGUGGCGUAGAGCGGCAAGCGCAUCAAUCACGUGUACGCGGUGACAUCAAUGUGCUUCUUGUAGGUGAACCCUCUACCGCAAAGUCGCAGUUGCUUCGUUUUGUAAUUGGUGUUGCACCAUUGGCGCUUAGCACGACCGGUAAAGGCUCUUCCGGUGUCGGAUUGACGGCUGCCGUGUCGGUGGACUCAUACACGGGUGAACGAUCCCUUUCGGCGGGAGCGAUGGUAAUUGCGGAUCGUGGUAUUCUCUGCAUUGAUGAAUUUGAUAAAAUGAGUCCACAAGACCGAGUUGCCAUGCAUGAGGCAAUGGAGCAGCAGACUGUAACAAUUGCCAAGGCAGGCAUUCACGCCUCUCUCAAUGCUCGUUGCAGUGUGUUGGCGGCGGCAAACCCCAUCUAUGGCUUUUACAGCGUUCACCAUCGUCUUGCAUUUAAUGUGGGUUUGCCGGAGUCACUGCUUUCACGUUUUGAUCUCACAUUUAUUGUAUUGGACAAACAUUCCUCUGAGUAUAACAGACGUAUUGGGAGACAUAUUCUCCGCAAUCAUAUGACCGCCGCGCCGGUGGGCAUUGAUCAAAGUGUGACCAAAACGGUGGUGGAUAGUGUAGACUCCGUCUGGGCACAGUCUGCAAAGAAUGGGGGUGGGGGAAGCGGUGGAAUGGAUCUCCGUAUGACCACAACAAGUACGGGAGAACCCAUUGUUGGCGUGGAUUUCCUGCGUGCCUACGUGCAGCUUGCGAAGGAGGGCCGACCACUGUUGACGGAGGCCUCGCAGCAGCUUGUGAGUCAGCACUAUGUACAACUGCGUGCAGAGCAGCAGGAGGGAUCAAAGGAUGGCUUUUAUGUGACGGCGCGUACAUUGGAGGCGAUUGUUCGUCUUUCAACAGCGCACGCAAAAUUACGGCUUUCCUCUACUGUGGAUGAAGAGGAUGUCAAGAACGCCAUGGAACUUUUACGCGCUUCUGUGCAUGCCGCAUCCACGGCGUCUCUGCAGCGCCGUGAGGACAAUCAGGCGGCUGCUGUGGAAUCACGUCCUGGCCAGAAGCGCCCUGCGGAGAUGAUCCGAGACGGUGCCAAUGGGCGAACGCCUGAAGAAACGAAGGAUGGAGCGACACCGUCCGCGAUGAUGCAAGAGGAUAUUACAACCCAACUUCUUGAAAAACGAGUAACAGAGGCCAUUCGCGCGAUGCAGCGUGAGCAACGUCCGUCUGUACGAUUGGCGGAGCUGCAUGAAAAGAUAGGCGGCGGCGUCUCCUUAGAGAAUCUGCGGCAGAUGGUUUUCCAACUGCAGGAUGAGAACUUUGUAUUUGAGGGCUCCGCAAAUGAUGGAUGGAUUCAGUUCAUAUGA